GCCGCCGGGCUGCCAGGCGCGGCGCUGCCCGGCUCGGCACGGCUCGGCACGGCUCGGCGCGGCCCCGCCAUGGACGGGGGCGCCUUCGGAGCGGGGAAAGCCGGCGGCGCCUUCGACCCGCAGGCCUUCCUCCGGCAGCCGCACACCUUGCUGCGGCUCCUCUCCUGGGUGUUCUCCAUCGUGGUGUUUGGCUCCAUUGUCAAUGAAGGGUACGUGAACCGCGUGGACGAUUCGCAGGAGCACUGCAUUUUCAACCGCAACCGCAACGCCUGCAACUAUGGCAUUACCGUGGGUGUCCUCGCCUUCCUCAGCUGCCUUCUCUACCUAGCUCUGGAUGCCUACUUCCCGCAGAUCAGCAGCGUCAAGGACCGCAAGAAGGCAGUGCUCUCGGACAUCGGUGUCUCGGCCUUUUGGGCGUUCCUGUGGUUCGUUGGCUUCUGCUUUCUGACCAACCAGUGGCAAGCUUCAAAAGAAGAGGACAACCCAAUGAACGAGGGAGGGGAUGCGGCCCGAGCAGCCAUCACGUUCUCCUUCUUCUCCAUCUUCACCUGGGGCUUCCUCACCUUUCUGGGUUUCCGGCGACUCAGAGACAUUACUUUUCAGGAGGAAUACAACACGCUGUUCCCCAACUCCCCGUCCUUGCUGCCUUAAUGCCCCUCACUGGUGGCGAGCCUGGGGGUAGGGACAAGGGGUGCAGAUGAAGGAGGCUGUCGAGCAGUUGGCUCCAACGCUCUGAUCAUGAGCGUUCGCGUGUUCCUCCUCUGCCCCUCCUCUCCCUCACCCUAACUAAUGCUGUGUAACACUUGUGCCUUUCUUCUGAUGACUGCUCAGACCUAAUAUUUCAGCCAGGAGAUGCCUUCUGCCCCCACCACUGUAUCUUCUCCAUUCCUCCCAGCCCUCAUUCCCCAAACUCUCCCCCGUGGGGCAGUUCAUGACCUGCCAGACUGCCCACCUCUGUCGGGGAUGCUCUGGGAAGAUGAGCCGUGCCUGCUGGGGUCUGAGAUGCUGAGCCACAUGCCCAGGCUCCCUGCUGGCCACCCCAUUGCAGCUUGUCCCUCUUCUCCUUGCCAUGGAGCUGGUGCUUUCUGCAGGGCAGCCUGAACCUGGACAGGCUUCGCGCACUAACCCGUAACCACUACUAACCCUCCUUUUGUUUGUUUCUCUCUCUCGGUACGUUCCCCUUUCUCUUUCUCCCAUCCCCUCUCUGCUUCCCGUCUCUUCCCAUCCUCCCUUCAAGGUGGGCCAGGCGUUCCUGGCGUAUCAGCGCUUCCGGCUGGGCGCCGACUCGGCCCUCUUCUCCCAGGACUACAUGGACCCCAGCCAGGACUCCGGCAUGCCUUACGCUCCCUACACAAACGAGGAGGAUGCUACGGACGCGGUGGGGACGUACCAGCAGCCUCCUCCGGCAGAUGCUUUCGACACCGAGACACAGGGGUACCAAACGCAGAACUACUGAGCCGCCGAUGCCCCUUGCCCGUCCCCUUUCCCUUAUGCCCCCUUUCCCACUGCCGGCAGCAAGCCGAGGCACAAACCAGACACGUGCGUAGUGGCACAAGAGGUGGCUCUCAGCUAUG